AUGGCUGAAGGAUUGUUGGUGAAUAACACGAACGCUUCUCCCAGUAACGAUAUGAUGAUUCCUGGUUGUAGAACAUAUUGUUUUUGCCCAAAGAAUGAUAAACUAUCUCCCUAUCCAGAUGCUGUGUAUAUCCACUGCAUGAUGUCUAGUGCAAGAGUGGAUUCAUGGCGAGGAAAUAAUAUAAACUAUUCUUCUAUGAGAAGAAGUUUUUGGGAGAAAAGCAAAAGCGAUCUUGUACAUACAUACAGCUUUGGUGUUGAAUAUGAGUUGAAAUACAAACAAUGCGAUCAUACUAUGGAAGGUAUAAAGAACUUGGAUAUCAUCUUUCAUAACUCUGGUACUUUGACUCUAGCUAGUGUUGCGGAUUGCAACCCGGGAUAUGAAAAAAAUCUCCAAUUGAAUACAAUAUCAAAACCGAAAGGAAUUUCUUCUUUUAUAUUAUCAGUUGGAAGUUUGGAGGGUAAAUCAUCUCUUUUCAUCUGUGAUGAGCCCAAGAAAGAAUCAGAAUCACAUUUUACUUUUAUCAAAACCAGAGUAAACCUUGAAAAAGUGGAGCCGCAACAACAAAAACAAGAACAACUGGAAUCCCCAAAAGAAUUAUCAAGGGGAGAAGUUUUUCUUUGGGGAAAAGAUGAGGCUUCAAUGCAGAAGUCUCCUUUUCUAAUCUUGGAAGAUCCAUUCUCAUUAUCAUCAAUAUCAUCUCAUUGGGAUAUUUCUAAUCUACUAAAAAAUCUUCAAAUUCGUACUCUGGUAGUGUUUGGAAAUAUUACAAAGCCCAAUAUGGUACCAUUGUUAAAGAAUGAAGGCGAUAUGAUUUCAUUUGGGGGACGUAAUUACAUGGUGAAUGAAGUUGUGGUUAUUAACUCUGGAGUACAGGAAAAAAUUCAUUCAAAAGUCUUAUCUAGUAUGAUUAAUGAUCUUACAAAUGGUAAUAAGGCGGCACUUUUACUUUCAUGGGAUGAAAAGACAAUGUCUCAGAUGAUUAUGAUAUUUCUAACGACACUGAAAGAUAUCUUGGAACAACUAAAUUCUGAGGUGACAGACAAUAAAAAAUCAUUUACCAUGACGUUGGCUUUGUAUACUAUUCAAAAUGGGAUAUUAAAAGAUAUGCUUCCCAGAAAAAGGAAAAGGGCAUUUGACAAACCAAUCACAGUGAAAGAAGUACUUGAUAUGGGUUUAAAGGCACUCAAACAUAUUGCAGUUAAUAUUAGUACAAAUAAAGACUGUGAAUGGUGUGUGAAGAAACUCAGAAAGAAUACGACAGCUUCAGAUAUUCUUAUUUUCGGGAAUUUAACCAUUAAACGUCAGAGAAAAGAUUUAGAUGUAAUGCUUUCCUCUUCACUUGAAAUAAUGUUUUCUAAGGGUGGGGUAAAACCAUUUACCAAGUCCUUUGAAGAGGAAACGAGUGUGUACACUUCUCUUUUAAAAAGAAUUAUGAAGGCAUCAGGUACCCUUGUUCGUGGUUUUUGCAUUGAUGAGGCAAAAGAAAUCUCUAGAGAAAUAUCAUAUCCAUCUCCCAAGGAAGAAAUACAGAAAACGAAACAUCAAAAAGAUUAUGUCUCUGUGGAUGUUUUCUCUGGGUCUUCACGAAAAGUGAUAAACACUUUACCAGAAGAUACAGAAAAGAGGAAUAAUAAUAAUAAUAAUAAUAAUAAUAAUAAUAAUACCAAUACAUCUCUACCACUCUUGAGUACUCGUGAUAAUAUGGUUACUGAGUACCCAUCAGAUGAUUUCAAUAGGGCGGAUAGAAUGAACUGUCAAGAUAGUGAUUGGAGCGUCAUAUUGGAAAGAAGAACAUGUGGUUUACAUAAUAAACAAAGUCUUGAAUCUGAAAGUUUCAUUUCAAACAAGAAUAAAAAAAUGGUGAACGAACUUGGAGUGGUUGUACUUUCUUAUAAAGGUAUCGAUGCGGAUUCUCUUUUAUGCGUAAAUGAUAAACUAAAAUUACAAAAAAGUAUGAUUGAAGAAGCGGAAUUUGUUGAACUCUCUGCUGUAAACCCCAUGGGGGUUCCAUCUAAACGAAUUAGAAAAUUAUGCAACCGAUUUCUUCUUGGAGAAAACGUGGCACUUCUUGCAGUGGAUGCACAUUCUGUUGUAAACUCACCCAUGGAAUCACCCGCGUGGUCUGUUAUUCAACAAGCCGUACGGGGAGUGUUUGGUCUACGCCGUGCGGAACUCCGCAUAUCGAUUGCCCUGGUCUCACAAGGUAUGGUAAUGGAUCUCGUGAAGGCGGAUGGUAAAAUAAAAGAAGAAGUCUCUGUUGUGUAUUUGCCCUUCUUUGGUCCAGUAUUGAAUGGAGUGGAGGCACAUGUGGUAAAAAGCGAAGAGGUAUUCUACGAAAUGGUAGAAAUGGCGAAGAAGCAUGCCAUAGGGAAUUUGGAUAAAGAAAGUGUUGUAAUUGUCUCUUUAGGGCUUCUAGUGAAACAGGGGAAUAAUACCGUCGUUGUAUCUUCCUUCAUUGCAUCUAUGACUGGAGAGAAUACAAAACUUCAGGAAGAGGAUCAUCUCGAAAAGAAUUGGACGCAUUCAAUCCAAGCGUUUUUCCAAUAUAUAUUAUCUAAUCAACUACCGAGUGUAUUGAUGCUCACUCUCCACAAGGGCGAUACCGGUGAUAGAAAAAUUGGUACCCAAGAGAUAACAUCUCUUGUAUCUCCUCUUAGUCCGACGAGAAGGGGUAAUAUUCAAAAUAAAGUCAACAUGGUAACUAAGAAAAACUGGAAAGAAGAUAAUCAUACUAUCAGGAAUAUUUCUACAACCCACGAGAUGGAAACAAAAAAAGAAAGAAAAGUAAAGCAGGACGUGAUACCUUCGCAGACGCGUAUGAUAGAUGAUGCUUUACAAGGGCCGAGUAUACAACUCCCCCCAAUUUCUUCUUCUUCUCCCACAAGGAUGAAAAUGAAAAACAGAGUAAUGUAUUUGACGGAAAAAGCCACGAAUGAUGGUAAUGAUCAUUAUAAUGGGGAUGAUAAUAAUACUAAUGGAACAAGGUAUGUGUUAUCCCGCUGCAGAAAAGCCCCUCCAGUUGGAGAAGCACUGGAAUCACUGCGUACCCGUUUCUUCACGCAACACCAUAUUGCCAUUGUCACUACAACUCCUCUGCCGCUCUCGUACGAGGAGGAUGUGUUGUGGAAGGGCGUGCAGCAACUCAUCACUGAUGUUUUUCAGAAUGUUUCCUCCGGUGAAAAAGUAGUGAUGGAUCUUCUCUGCGCCGUUGUGUGUGGGGAUACAUUGUUAGUCGAUCUUCUUGCUUCUCCUCGUACUACUACUACUAAUGUGAAUGUGAAGAAGUGUGUCCCAUUGUCUUUAUCUUCCUCACCGCUUGUGCCACCAACGCCGGCGUCAGUUCGUGUUGUGAGUGUAUCGAACGCCUUCCGUGCGAGGGAAGUUUGCACGGCCGCGUGGAAACAAGCGGAAGAACACCGCGAAGAUGUGAUGAUGCACGGCGCAGCGCUUAUAUUCUGUGCAACACAACGUCGACGAAUGACGAACGGUGAUGUGAAAGUGACACGUGCGUCUGUUGUGCACACCACAGCGACUACAUGCGAUGCCCCUCAGUUGGUACCAACAGCAACAACGCUGCUUCUCACUGGCAUUAUGUGCUGUCCAUACACAACACUCUGCAUGUUGAAAGAGAAAGAUAAGGGAUCUGUGCCAAAUGAGGUACAAGUUCUUAUUUACCACCCGAUGCGUAUUCAAAUCCCAACUGUUAAGGGAUUAAUGCAAACAUAUGAAGAAGUGAAUGGAAAGAUGCGAAAGGCGGAUUUGGGAAGGCAACAAGCGGACGUUAUUGAAUUAUGUCAAACUAUUCUAAGGGAUCAUCAGAAUUUAUUGAAUGAUUUUAAAAAGGCACCUAUUCCUUCCUAUACCAAUAUUUCUGAACCCUUGUUAACCACUUUGUUGGAUGAACUUGCUGUACUAGAUGACGCAAGCAUGAGUCAAAAUGUUCUUAAUUCCACAGAGAAGGUCUUUUGUAAGAAAAACAAAACCGUUUCCACUUUGGUUAUUAUUCAAACAGCAUAUUCUGAUCGUAUGCUCGUAACGGCAGAAAAGUAUGGAGCAGAAGUGAACGUUAUGGAUGAAAAUGGUAAUGGUAACAUAUACCCUGUGAAUGAAGUUGUCUCCCAAGAGAGUUUCACCUCAAGUUUAAAUUCCAAGUUAUUUGAUGAAUUAAUUCGAGGUUUCCUUACUGGUUUAAACACAGCAGUACUUACACUUUCAUCUGUAUCUUUUAAAGAUGAAGUUCAUUUAUUAAAAUUAACGGUAAAACGUAUUUUAGCAUCACUUAAUACGGAUAGUGAACUAUUUCUCUCGAUGAUCGCUUUAAAAAAUAAUAAGGCUCGUGAUCUUCUUAUUCCAGAUGAUACUUUCCGAGAAUAUAAACUUGACGUUUCACCCAUUUUUGGAGCGUUAAUAAAAGGUGCUAAACUCAUCCCUUUAAAGGAUAUAAUACAACUACAAGAAGGUAUAUCAUAUGCCCUGAAGGCAUCAGAAGGGGCAAUGAUUGCAGUACAAUUGGUCCUAAAACGGGUGAAAAGGGAUGAAAAUGAUGUUGUCUUGAGUUCACUUUUCUUUGCCAUGGUGGGAGGUAAUCCUUCUAUAUAUUUAGAAUCUUCAGAUGUUAAAUCUCAGAUGGAUCGUACUCUUUUACGAUAUAUAUAUGAAGGACCAUGUUUAACAGUAUGUGUGGCUUCUCUUUCUUCCACCGAUAACGAGGGGAAAGUACAUAAUUUGAUGGAUACUCUCACUAAUAUGGCCGCUCUUCCAUGUGGGAAUCCCCGUUACGGUAGUGUGCGGGGAUUUGUGAAUUUCGCCAGGGAGUCACUGAAGAUUCUUGAAAAACGAAUGCGGGAAAAAGAAGAAAGAUCGGCAAAGAAAAUAUUGACAGCACAGAUGGAGAAACUUCAGGGGAUGUUGAAUGAUGCCGUGCUGUUACUCAAAAAACCAAAAGGUGUUGUACCUCCAACUUACACCCCCAACUAG